AUGGUGCCUGAUCGCAAGACCAUGCGAAACAUUUGGGGGCAAGCAUGCGUGGGGACAGCCCUGCAGGCGAGGGAGCUGCCACGUAUACACGGUAUGCACCACGUGGUGGAUCAGGCAGAUGUUGUUUCGACCUUUCAGGACAAGCCUACAAGUGGAGAAUUGCCAUUCUGGCCUCAUGUUCAAGAGAAGGCCUCCAUCAUGGACGCUACGAUGGCCAUUCUGAACAUCCCGCACACGUAUCCUAAAAGCCGUUUGCAACGGGACAUCGACCUGCUUGGCUUGCCGUACACGGAGUUCCAUUAUCCGGAUGACCGCAAAAAUAAAAAGCGGAGUCGGGGAUUUGCCUUUGUCAAGUUUGUCACGCCAGAGGUAGCGCACAUGUUUCAUCAGUUGUUUCAUAAUCGUGUGCUCUCUGACCCUGGAAGCCCAGCGAAGAAUGUCAUCGUCAUGCGUUCUGAAUCGUCUACCACAUCUAGCCAGAAGCAUCUGGAGAAUCAUGCCGGCGCCGUCUUGGAACCCGAGCGCUGUCCGCUGCAGCGGUUCGCUGCACCGCCAGGCCUCCAUCACACGUGGCAUGCCUGGAAGGACCAGAGCGGUGGCAUCGUGGACCCUCGGGCCAGUGCACCCCUACUUUCGAUGUUUGAAGAUGGCACGGUGGUGCUUUGCAGGUUCUCAGUGUGA